AUGGUUCGAACCGGGCGAAACACAACUAUUAGGUCCAGAUCUGGUUCAGCAAGCCUUGGAAAAAGUUGCAUUGAUACGAGAACGGCUUCGGACGACAAAAGCGAGACAAAGUCCUAUGCAGAUAAGAAAGUACGUGAUAUGGAGUUCAUGAAGGGGGAAAAAGUCUUUCUAAAAGUAUCCCCUAUGAAAGGAGUUAUGAGAUUCGGUCGGAAAGGUAAGUUAAGUCCUAGGUACAUUGGUCCUUAUGAGAUUUUGGAUCGAAUUGGGUUGGUGGCAUAUAGACUUGCUUUACCUCCGAGAUUGUCUGUUGUUCAUCCUGUAUUUCACGUGUCUAUGCUAAGACGAUAUGUUGGUGAUGAUAGCCAUAAGAUUCAACCAGAGGAUGUGGAGCUCGAUGAAAAUUUGACUUAUGAGGAGGGUCCGAUAUCUAUUCUUGAUAGGCAAGUGCGACAAUUGAGGUCGAAGAAGGUAGCUUCAGUCAAAGUGUUGUGGCGUAAUCAUCCAACCGAGGAGGCUACUUGGGAGUCUGAGGCGGAUAUGCGAGAUAAAUAUCCUCAUUUAUUUGACGCGACAGGUAUGAUCUAGAUCCGUUCGAGGACGAACGUCAUUUUAAGUGGUGGAGAAUGUAAUAGCCCAUAUUUUUUUUUUCUAGGCUUAGUUGGUAAUUUAAAUAAAAGAAAAAAAUAAAAAAAAAAA